AGUUGGUGUUGGUAACCUACUUAGUUGACUACGGUCGAGCUGGCUGCACAUUCACUUGAAUUGCUUGGCCACUGCUGUGGACCAGGUUGCAAUGAGCGUUUGAUUCAGUCGACAAGAGAUUGGGAAAAAAACCACGCAGACUGGAACUGAGAGAAAAGAGGCAACGAGAGAAAGGUUUCCACCAUGGACAGAAUGUUUGACCAUCUUGCAAAAACUGAGUUUAUUAGCAUCUUUGUUGGAAAUCCAAAGCUCCAAAAACAGGACUACUGGCACACGCAUGUCGAUUAUGAAAUCAGUCUCCAUACAAAUAGCAUGUGUUUUCGCAAGAAGGCUUCCACAGUGAGGCGACGUUACAGGGAAUUUGUCUGGCUGCGACGGUGUCUGCAGCAAAACGCUCUCAUCAUAGAAAUCCCCAAAUUGCCCUCUUGGAAUCCUUUCUUCAGCAUAAGGAACGUAGAGCAGAUCAGACAAAGGAUGAAAGGCCUGCAGGAGUUUUUAGAAAAUGUUCUUCACACGCCGUUGUUUCUGUCAGACAGUCGAGUCCAUCUGUUCCUCCAGUCGGGGCUCAGCGUCAAAAAGAUGCAGAGGUGCGCUUUUGGCAAAACCCGAUACACAGUGGCUGAGGCCAUCCAGCGCUUUGACGGUGGCUGCAUCGCUACGUUAGAUGAAGAUAAGGAGUCAUGUGACUCUGAUUGCGAGAGCACCUUUUCGUCAGGCUUGGGCUUAAGUGUGGACUGCACCAUUCACGGAAGCUCCAUCCUCUCCUUUGACUCGUCCGACAAAGAUGGAGAAUUGUGUCCUUGUGAUUUAAUUGCCUGCAAAAUAAUUCUUUGAACAUCCAUGGAUGAGACAUUUACUACAAAAAUUGUCCUUUUUCUUUUUUUCUUUUUUAAAUAUUUUUUUGUUAAAGUAAUGCCAAUUAUUUCCAUCUGUGUACGAAAAUAAUUUUUCAUGUUUUAAAAAAAGAUGUAUUGUAAAUCUACAUUUCUAAAUUCUUAAUUGAAAAUCCCCUGUUGAUAUUUUUAUCUCCGAAGCCGAGGUUAGUCAUGUAUGUUUUGCAAUUGUUUUAGAGAAAAUGAUCUGAUGAUACUUUUCUGAUCUGUUUAAAGGAUGAAUAAACUUAUUUUUUGAAGAAUUUCUCUUCCAGUACUGUGCUGAUUGUUUCGCAAAGUCCACUGACAUGAGCUGUGCGCAGUGCGGCCCAGUAGAGGGAGUUGAGACAUCACAAGAACCUUCGGCAAGGGAAGCAUUGCCACAAUCAAUACUUGCUAAUACUUCUACGCUGCCACCAAAAGAUCUUCCUCCAUUGCGACCACUUGUCUGGCUCCAGGGUGGUGACGGAAAGAAGACGGCGUCCUCCGUCUGACAGCUUUCCAGCGGAGGCGCCGAGAGGCGUCUCGCCCGGAUCGCCGCGUAAACCCGACUGAGCUGCAGGGGAGGAGGUCGGCCGGUUGAGGAAGAGGAGGAAGGUGAGCGAAGAGCAAACAGCAGGUGAUGCAGCACUUUAAGGGUUAAGUCGGCUGCAUGCUGGAUCUCUGCAGAGGUGACAGAUGCUUCCUAUCCCACCCAGCACCACAGGGGAACUGGAUACACUCAGCAUACCAAUGAGCCCCCUCCCCCCCCCUCCCCAGAUGUGCACGCUUUCCCUUCCAGCCAGAGUCGGGCAGAUGUGAGCCUUUUGUCUGCACACAUGACCUGCAGAAGAAGGCCAUUGCACGUGUACUGGCACAAAUACACACACACACGCGUGUGCACGCCAGGCGACAGCCGCUCUAAAAGUGACAGCUGUCGCUAUGAUGGAGCACAGGGAGAAGGGGAAGUGAAGGCUAAGCCAUGGCGCAACAUGGUGUCGAGGAGACCUGCUAUUCAUUUUCAACUUAAUAUGUUCCAGCCCAUUGGAAAAACAUCGCAGCAUAUAAUGAAAAAUGGCAGUUCUUCGCGGAGGAUACAAAAAUAAUAAGUCGUCCGUGCUGUCCCGCAAUUGGCUGGCGACUCGUCCAAGGUUUAAUGUGCCAUCUCCACAAGUCAGCUGGGCUCCAGCUCACCCGUGACCCUAAUGAGGACAAUGGAUGGAUGCAUGGAUGGAAGUUGUCCAUGCAUAGAACCGCUUGAACCCAAAUCAAAAUUGUCAAGCCUAAGUUGGACUGGCAGUUCUGACAAAUCCUGACCGUGCCAGCGCGUGAGGGUGAAGAGUCUAAAGUGCUGCUUGUUUUCCCUGGAAAGGCUCAAGGUGCUGACAGCGCGUCCAGGAAAAGGUUCCACGCAACUGAUGGAAAAGGCAGAAUCCAUUUUCUCACCCUCCGUGCAAGUCAUGUAUGGGAAGAGGAUCAUAGACUUACUGUUUGACGUCACGUCCACCAAUCCAAUCUUCUAACCUGGCUUUCACAACAGCACGUCAUCUUCAGGCGCCCCCUACUGCAAGCUGACAGUCGUCCCUCUCCUGGCUGACAGCAGUGAGCGCACCUUCAGCCAUUCAUCAGUGUCACCCCGUCGCCGCCGGGUACGGCCCGGAGCCCAUCGCGUCUUCAUUACACUCCAAAUAAAUCUGAGGUGGAAA